AUGGUUAAGUAUUGUGAAAAAAUCGAAACUUUAAUCAUCCAAAAUUCUACUUCACCAUCCUCAACUUCUAUCUCAAAUAAAUCAUUUUCAUCUCGUUUAAAACAUUUAAUCCAUCGCAAUUCAAGUAAUUCAUCAUUAUCUUCUUCUCCAAUACAACCAAAGACUCAGAAAACACAAAUGAUAUUAUUAAAUCCAACAGAUCCAAAUUACAUUUUGGUAAAAUCAUUAUUUAAAGGUCGACCACUUUCAUUAUCAAAAGUUCUUGGAAUAUUCGAAUUACAUAUGCCAACGAAACUUGAACGACUUCAUGAAGCUUAUAAAAGAAAACUAAGCAAAAAAACUGGAGAAAACAUCGAAAAGCUUACUCACAGAAUGUUUCAUGGUACGACUUCAAAUUUAACUUGUUCAUUUAUCGACGAAUGGAAUAAUUGUAAUAUAGAAAGUGCAGGAGGUCAUAUUGAAAGAACAUUUUGUGAAAAAUAUUGUGGCUUGUGUGGAAUUAUACAACAUGGAAAUAAAACUAAAUAUACUAGAACUAAAAGUUUAUUUAAGAGAAAUAGAAUGUGGUUUGCGAAUGAUCCGUGUACGUCACUUUAUUAUUGUAAUAACGGAUAUAAUGAAAAUGAUAUAAUAAAGUCUAUGUUCAUAGUUGAUGUCAUAGAAAAAACUCCAAAGGGGAUUUUGGUUGUAAAUAAAGACAAGGCAACUUUACCAAGAUUUUUAAUAUUAUUUGAGAUGUCAGGUAGUCCUUUCGGAAAAUCUGUUGCUGAUUAUAAUACAUUUCUUUAA